AUGGCCUUCCAGCGAUCACGAUCCUUACAUCCGUGCACUUCCUUCACAAUUCCUUCUGCCGACGUUCCACACCCUUACCGAGCUGCACCUCUUCCACCACAGUCCCAUCGAAUCCCACGCGCUUCGGUGCCUGGAGAAGUACCGCACUUUGGCCGCGCGAGCUUCAGCAGCUCUGCACGACCUCGGUUUCGAAUGGACCGUCGGCACCGAUUUUGAGGAGUCGGGCUGCCUGCUGAAUCGAUGGAGAUGGUCCGAUGCUUGUUACACCAGUCGAGCUUUUCCUCCCAGACUCUUGAGCUUCCCCGACAAGAUUGGGCAGGAGGAAGACGAGGAUGCUCCUGUGCUCAUUCCCGUCUUGGAUCUUCUCAAUCAUCGGCCCAAAGUACCAGUGACGUGGAUUGCGGGUAGGCAAAGCGUCGCGCAAGACGGCGAUGCUCUUGAUUCGUCUUUGUCUGACGAAGCACACCCACAGCGUUCUCCACGCGCUGGAAAUGAUACAGAUAUGCGCCCUGAACACGCUAAGCUUGCUGAACUUUCUCAUGACGGCCAAGGAUGGGCCUUUAGACGGCCGCCAGACGACGCCUACGUCGAGCUAGUCCUUCACGCAACCGUCGAAGCGGGCUCGGAAAUCUUCAACAAUUACGGCUACAAGAGCAGCGAAGUGAGUUUUUAUUUCUUUGUCCUUCUUCCCACGCCUUGCACUUGCCCCCCCUUUUGCCUCCUACACCGUUCGUGCGCCGAAGACGAGCAUCGCAUCCAUCUAACACCUUGUCCACCUCGCUUUGCACAUUCUGGCAUGCAGGAAUUUUUGGCAUCGUACGGUUUCGUGAGCGAGUAUCAUGCAGUCUCGCUCCGGCUAGUCGCAGCAGACACAGAAGCCCUGUCUAGUAUUGAUGGCGAAAGCAGCACUCGGCCAGCGCUGUCAGGCAAGACGCACUACUGGGAUGGUCAAGCAGCUCCCGAAUCCUUGCUGGCAGAGGUGCAAACGCAGUGUUCUUACGAACUCGCUCGAGCUCAUGCUCAUGCUCAUGCUCAUGCUCAGACCUCUCUGCAACGUUUGUCGCAGCGCCUCCAAGCUCAGCUCGGCGUCGCAGCAGAGCAAGAAGCGCACAGCAUCCUUGUCCAUGGACACGCUCUGCAUUUCGUCAAGACGCUUCUGGAGCAUAGGUGCCAGAGGUUGCUAAAGCAGUGCAAGAGAAUUUCGCGCACGACUGGACUCACCAUGUCAAGGGCGCAUCAAGCUCAGAACGACUCGAGCGAGCUGACCGCUUUCAGCGCCUCGCCAGAAUUGAGGCUGCCAGUCGCGUUGUUGGCUCGAGACUACACCAUGGGCCAAGUUGAUUGCUUCUUGCGGUGCUUGGACUGGGUCGAAAAGGAAGUGUCUUCGCUCGCACACGCCGACAUCAUCCAAGAGUACCUUGACGCGCUCGAACCUGGUUCAGAUGAUUCGACAUAG